AUGGCACAACUCUCUUCGACAGAUCAGCCUGUGCAGACGCCUAAAACAGAACCUGCGUCCCGCCAUGAUGCAGAUCGACCCCAACCCCCUUCUGCUUCGAAGUCUCCCGCCGCUCCUGCAGACAUUGACGACAAUCCGCGAAGCCCCAAGCGGCGACGGCUCUCCGCAGAUGAGGAGCAGCAGAUAAUCAAAACAGAGGUUGACACAUAUGGCGCCGUAGGACAGCCUGUAGCUGCAAAAGAUACCACAACCCGGGGGGGUCAAGAUGGAAACCUCGAGACAAACCCUCCUCAGCAACCACCUCUUUCCGCGGAUGGGGAUCAGCAAGUCGUCAAAACUGUGGUUAAGGUGGAAGGUUCUGAAGGACAGGCUGCGACUGUGAAAUCCGCGACUAUACCCGGAGGUCAGGAUGGAAAACUUGCGACACCACCUCCUCAGCAACAGUCUCCUGCGGCGAACACCCGCCUGGAUAAUCUGCCUAUCCUGGACAAGCAGUCUGCACAACUUUUGUCCUUCCUGUCUCGGUUGACACCGGCCGAAGCAAUGGGUUUGUCGAGCGCACCAAGUGCCCCAACCACCAAAGAGUACGCCGCCUUGCGCGCUUCGUUCGAUCGGACCAGAAGGUUCCUCAGUCCUGGAUGGCCCUUUCUGUCGCCACACGAACUGGGAUUGCGCGAUAGCAGUCAAAUCGAGAUCGUCCGCAGGGCCAACCAGGCAAUCUUCAUGUCCAGCAUUUUCACAGGGGAGAUAGGUCUUCGCGACAUGGACAGGAGUUUCCUCGCCGUGUUCGUGCCCGAAAACGGUAAAUUACUGAAGGCACAGGCUUCUAUGUACCUCGAAUUGAAGACCCAGGGCUUCAUUACCGCCUGGAGAACAGGCGCUGCUCCGCCCAACGUUGUUAUGGCCGACCUCUUCGGUCCCGACCUUGACAAAGCGCUGUUGGCGAGAAGGCCCGGCACAACCGGCUUGGCUCCUACUGAGCAGGAAUUCCUCAUCAGGCUUGCGUCCCGUCGUGACAUUCUGCAGAGCCAUGUCAGGACCAACACCCUGGAUCAGCUCCCCUUGAAGUAUAAGUGGGAAGAUUUUAGCCGAGAAGUGUCCUCAUAUCUCAUCAAGCAUAUCGAAAACUCCUCCAAUUCUGGUGAGGGUGCCUCGAACGAGGGCAACGACCCCACUAGGAGCCUCCAUCGAGAUCAGAUGGAAGGGCAAUUCUCCAUCCACGGUCCGCCGCUCCCUGUCUCGGCAACCGACUCCAUUCUUUCAUCAAAACCGCAGAUCAGGCAUGCGACUGAGCCGCCAGACGAGGGCGAUUUUGUGGCGCAGGCGGCGAGGGCUGCAGAGAUUGCGCUUCGAAGCACUCUGGGUUCGGCGUAUUCAGACAAGAUUCCGGAGGAGCCUGCAUCGAAGCCCCCGACGGUACAGCACGACACAUCUUCGACUCGUCCGCCUGCACCAGUUUCCGAACCUUCAGAGCCUGUCCCGGACACCACUCCAUCAAAGUCACCUGCAACCGAACAAAAGCCAACCGCCGAAGAGAUUCCUCACGCGUCCCAGACUGCUCCUACGUCAGUUCUGUAUGAGAGAGCCCGGUUGGCGGCCACAAGGGCCUCGCUUGCUCUCGAGAAGAAGUCGUUGGCGCCGAGUCAGAGGCGUCCGUGGACCACGGAAGAAGAGAAUGCUCUCAUGACGGGUCUGGAUCAAGUCAAAGGCCCUCACUGGAGUCAAAUUUUAGCCAUGUAUGGGCCUGGAGGCACGAUUAGUGAGGCGCUCAAAGAUCGAAACCAGGUACAGCUCAAGGACAAAGCGCGAAACCUGAAGCUGUUCUUUCUCAAAAGUGGCAUCGAGGUGCCAUAUUAUCUCAAAUAUGUGACUGGCGAUUUGAAAACGCGUGCUCCAACCCAAGCCCUCAGACAAGAAGCCAGGGAGCGCGACAGGCUACUGGCCGAAGAGGAUGAGGUUGUGUUAGAUGACUUGCCAGGUGAGGGCGACAGUGAGGAACGGCUUGGGGAAGACGUAUUUGACUCUACGUUCAAUCAGGAGUCACCUCUUACCAAUGGAACCGGUCAGGGCACUCCUGCAGACGACUCGAAGAAAUCCUUCGAGCCAAGCAUGGCAGAUGUCGAGGCCAUGAUAGCCAAGGCAACGGCACAGACGUCGCAGUCCAUCCGGUCGAACUAG